AUGGUUUAUCUGAAGCAUUGUAAUAGUAAUAAUGAUAGUAUUUUCUUCUCUCAAGCACAUCCUUUUAUCGAUGAAAUUGAAGCUGCCACUAAAUGGUGGAAUGAUUAUCCUACGACGCGAUAUGUGGAUUUGGCUCGUCCUGAAACAACAUUUCAAAAUUACAUGUCAAACGUUUGGAGUAAGCCGAAACGACUUGCUAGAUCAGCUUCUUAUACAAAUUUGACAUAUAUAAAAGAAGCAGAACAUGAUUUCCCGAUUCCACGCUCGAGAUCUGUUUCAUCUCUUGCACCAUCUUUAGCUUUACCACAGCAUUAUCGACAAGCGCAGCGAAUCGUUCACAUAUCACCAGUUUAUAAGCCACGAAUUCACAAUUGGUAUAACAAUACUUACAGCAAAGCGCGAUGGAUUGACACUCACGAGAGUUUGGCUAAGCCACUUCGUGCGCCAACUUUUUGUCCAUUACCUCACGUUUCUCAUGUGCCUUAUUACACUUUUCAAACAAAACGGAUAUUUUUCAAUGAACAAAUGGAACCGUUGAAAUCAUACGUCAUUGGAUCGCAAAAGUAUUUGGAUAAAUACGUUUCAGCAAGACUUAAAGCUGAUGACUUCGCUCAACAUUAUGCCUAUACAGCUUAUGAAUGGAGAAAUCCACAGAAUCAUGCAUUCAAUCGACAUUUAAUGUAUGGUAGCAGUGUUUAUGUGCCACAUGCUCCCAGCAUACCACACUCCUAUAAUAAUGCGCAAGCAUUGAGAAAAUUGUACGUCACAACUGGUCGAUUCCGUUUUGCAUAA